GUUGAGAAGUCCUUGGAGCAGCUAGAAGAGGAAAAGUUACGCAAUAAGUAUCCAAAUCUGGCAAAACAGAAUUCCGCACUUUUACGAAAACGUCUCAACAAAAAUGUUAAGUAUUUUGAUUCCGGAGACUACAAUAUGGCAAAGGCGAGGGUCUGUGGCUCCAAGCCUACCAUCAUUCCAUCUACUUCUCCUUCCAGUGAUGUACCUCUCCCUGAAGUUAUUUUGCCCACUGCAACAGGUGAAACUAUUCCCACUGUAGAAAAUGUUCCAGCAAUGAGGAAAAAGACCAAUACAUUUAUUUGUCCUGGUUCACUUAUGCAACCCCCCGCUUCGCCUACUAGUGGUCUUCACGCGAAUCCAGGACUUUUGCAUCGUGCAAGCCUUCAUGUUAACGGGUUUCCUCGUCACACUCAAAUAGUUGCUCGUUCUCAAAGUGUUAUUGUCCCGACCUCAGUUGCUAGAACUUUUCAUGUGGCCGAUAAAGAAAUCUCAAACUUUGGAAAUGAAUCCAAAUUAGGAGUUGAACACUGCACGGAUAUUGGAAGACAGGAGGAAAGUCCAACUAACAAAUUCGGAACUUCAUGA